UUUGUGUCCCCUCUGACCAUCUGUCCCUCCUGUCCUCGGGCGCUCUCAGGGAUUGGUUCUGGCUCGGCCCCUCUGGAGCAGUGCAUCGAGUUGGCCCAGAGGCCGGGGGUGCUGCAGCACUGGACCUCCUGUCGGCACCUCAUCAUCGACGAGGUCUCCAUGGUGGAGGCCCAGUUCUUUGAUAAGCUCGAGUCUGUGGCAAGGUCGGUGAGGAGGUCGACCGCACCGUUUGGAGGCAUCCAGCUGAUCAUCUGUGGCGACUUCCUGCAGCUGCCUCCUGUUUCCAAGGGAAAGGAAAAGGCCAGCUUCUGCUUCCAGGCCAGGAGUUGGCGUAAGGUGAUCCAGGUCAACAUGGAGCUGAUGGAGGUGCGGAGGCAAACUGACCAGUCAUUCAUCUCCCUCCUGCAGAAAGUGAGAGUGGGCAGGGUGACGGAGGAAGUCACUGCUAAGCUGAUGGAAAGCGCCUACCAUCGCAUCGAGAAGGACGGCAUUCUGGCGACUAGGCUGUGCACGCACAAGGAUGACGUGGAGCUCACAAACGACAACAAACUCCAGCAGCUGCCAGGUUCAGCGCGUGUGUUUGAGGCGCUGGACUGCGACCCCGCCCUGGUGAAGACGAUCGAUGCUCACAGCCCCGUCAGCAGACUGAUCCAGCUCAAAGUGGGAGCGCAGGUCAUGCUGACAAAGAACCUGGAUGUCGCUCGAGGUCUGGUGAACGGAGCGCGGGGCGUUGUGGUGGCCUUUGAGAAUGGAAAAGAUGGACUCCCACGUGUGCAUUUCCUGUGUGGCGUCACUGAGGUGCUGAAGCUUGAGCGCUGGGUGUUUAAGUCGGGUGGAGGGCUCCACCUGAGCCGACAGCAGCUGCCACUCAAACUGGCCUGGGCCAUCUCCAUCCACAAGAGCCAG